CUGGCAUCGCCUUGGGGAGGCUCGCGGCUGUCGCACCCCUACCCUGCCGGAGCCCCUGGUUGGGUCCUCCCCUACCGUCCCGCUCCAGCCCGCCCCGCGCAGGAAGGUAGCGGAGUUCAGCAUCGGCUACCCAGUCCUUGCUCAAUAUUUAAAGCGGACAAGUUUUGUUCUUGAGACCCCUCCCCUCCCCGCCCGCGACUUUCGCUCCGAUGCCCGGAAAAAAGCUGACUUUCGACUUAGUUGUUCAAAGAGCUGGCCUUGGACUUGGUCCAGAUUCCAGAUUGCACCAGAAUACUUGCUUACUCCAUUAGGGGGUUCUACACUGGACACAUCUCUGAAGCCUUCCCUGUAUCCUGCCUGUGGCCUACUACACAAUAUGUGGCCCAGCGUUCUCUUUUCUCUAGGUCGGGCAAGCCUGUGGGUUUCUCUGCAGUCCCCUCCCCUGCACUUUGUAUAUGGAAGCUAGAAGGUGUGCUUCAGGUGAGCCCUCAGACUCUGUGGGAACCAGGAGAGUGGGUGUCCAUUGCUCGUGUGUGGUAUCCCAUCAGCAAAGCCGGGGCUGGGGCAAUACCGCUUGGUUGUAAUUAAUGAGUUUAGACCGUGGAGGUGCAUUUUGCUUUUGGUUGGGCGAGGCUGUCGAGUGGCUAUGUUCAAUUUGGAGGAGCUCAGGUGUUCUUAAAAGAGAACUGGGCACUGCGAAAGAGUAGUUCACCUUUCCUGAUCUUCCCCUCAUCAGAUCAGUCCUAUCAGUGGAAUUUGGUUAUGAUUGGUAUAAAUGAUAGCUAAACAGUUCAAGCUGCUGAGAUUGGAGAAAUCUUGUUUUAGAAUUUCACAUGCUGUUCUAACCUAAAUAAGUGGUGUGGGUUGUUGGCUUUGUGACAGGUUCUUUGUCAUUUUUCAGAAACUGUUUUGACUCUUUGAGGUCAAUGGGGAACAAGUGAAGAGACACAGGAAAAUAAGGUAACUACAUAUGUGGCAGGGGUGAGGAGCAGAGGGAUAAAUGCAUGAUAUGGGCUGGCUGCUAAAAUGCAAGUUAGCAGCAGAACUCUGCAGCCAGAUGAAUAAGAGGCCCUAUUCAUUAGAGAGAUAGGAGGGCCUCUGAGUCAAGUGUGCAUGUGGGUUCUAGAGGAGUAAGGCCUGUGGGCUAAUUGUCUAGCAAGAAGCUCAGACUUGUAAACAACUGGGGAUAGGUGCAAAGCGAGCUGUCAUUGCAACAUGAUGAGUGCAGCUGCUCAGAAACGGGAAGCUAGUUUUGCCUGUUGUUCCAAAGGCAGGCGCUAAACCACUGAGCCACCCAGGGAUUAUUAGCAAGGGGAGCAGGGCUCGCCAGGCCACAGGACUGGUGGCAUAAAGGCUGCCGUGUGUGAAGCAGUAAGCAGGGCUGAGCUUUCAGCCAGUACUUCGGUACUGACAAACAGUAGAGAGCAUCUGAAGGGGGUUAAGGAGCUCAGUCUCGUUAGAUCUGAGUUUUAGAAAGGUCACUCUAGGGUAGAGGAUGGGUUGGUCAGGGGUCAUUUUGGCUGCUGCACUGCUCUGACUGAGAAGUGAUGAUAACACGAAGAGGCGAUUUGGUCCAGGGUGUGAUCCUGGAGUACCAGGAUCAAGUCCCGCAUCGGGCUCCUCGCAUGGAGCCUGCUUCUCCUUCUGCGUAUGUCUCUGCCGUGCUCUGUGUUUCUCAUAAAUAAAUAAAAAUCUUAAAAAAAAAAAAAACACGAAGAGGCAAAGAGAGAUUUAGAAGAAGUAGUUCAUAGGAUUAAAUAACUGGUUAUGGAAUGGAGGAAAAGGAGGACUUUGAGAUUUCUAGCAUAGAUGCAUGAAGUGCAGUCAGGCACAAAGAAAGGAAAAACGGAAACAGCAACUUUUAGGGAAGAAGACAGUUGAAGGGGUUAGAAAUGGCAUUUGAGUGUCCCUGUAUGCAAGGUUCCUCCUAUUUACAUAUCUAUGUAUAUUCCCAUUUAACUUGCAUAAAGACUUUUGAGUUAAAUAAUAUGAUUCCAGUUUUUCAGAUUUCUGGGUUAGAUGCAUGAUACAGUGCAGUAGAAGAGCCAGCAAUUUUGAAUAAAUUGCCUGACUACAAAGACAGUCCUUUUUGGCUAUAAUCCGGUGGCUUUCUGGUUUGAAUAUGCUAAAUUUGAGGUGCCUGUUGAGUUUCCAAAUGAAAAAGAACAGAAAAAAGAUGACUGUAUAAUUUGGGGCUCACAAAGUCAUUUUGGUUAGAGUUUGGGCUACGCUUUUGAAAAUGUAUCUUGACUCCUUGAUUAUUUUCGGGGUACCUGGGCAGCUCAGUGGUUGAGCAUCUGCCUUUGGCUCAGGGUAUGAUCCUAGGGUCCUGGGAUUGAGUCCUACAACAGGCCCCCAUGGGGAGCCUGUCUCUCUCUCUCUGUGUCUCUGCCUCUCUCUGUGUCUCUCAUGAAUAAAUAAAAUCUUAGAAAAAAAAACCUUCAUUUUUUUUUUUUCAAACAAAAUCUUACUCUUAUUCCUGUCUUGUCUAGGACAAGCUUCAGUGAAUUUUAACUAUCAUGAACUUGCUUUUCAUCAUUCGUCUAUUUUGCCUUGGACUAUACAUACUGGCAUACCUUCAGAUGCUGUUUGGUUUGGUUCAGUUCUAGACCACCACAAUAAGGUGGUCAUAAAAUCAUAAUAUCAUAAAUAUGGUAAAGGGAGUCAAAUGAAUUUCUUGAUUCCCCUGUGCAUAUAAAAGUUACAUUUACACUAUACUGUAAUCUAACAAGUGUGCAAUGGCAUUAUGUCUAAAAAAAUGUACAUACCUUAAUUUAAAAAUAAUUUAUUGCUAAAAAAUGCUAACCAUCACCCCAGCUUUCAACGAGUCACAAUCACCUGGUCACAGAUCACCAUUACAGAUAUAUUAAUGAGGGACACCUGGGUGGCUCAGCGGUUGAGCAUCUGCCUUCCGCUCAGGGUGUGAUCCCAGAGUUCUGGGAUGGAAUCCCACAUUGGGAUCCCGACAGGGAGCCUGCUUCUCCUUCUGCCUAUGUCUCUGCCUGUCUCUCUGUGUCUCUCAUGAAUAAAUAAAUAAAAUCUUAAAAAAAACAAAAUAUAUUAAUGAAAAAGUUUGAAAUAUGAGAAUUACCAAAAUGGGACAUGAGGAGAGCAAAUGCUGUUGGAAAAAAUGGCAACCCUUACUUGCCACAAACCUUCAACUUGUAAAAAAGGGAGUAUUUGGAAACUGCAAUAAAACAAAGUGACCUCACAAGCUACUGCAAAUCAAUAUAUUCAUGGACAAACCCAUGUGAGAUUUUGAACUGUAAGUAUAUAGGCUGAUAGCCAUUUUAUUUUAGGAGGCUUUUUAUUUUGUAAGGUUGAGAAGAGAAAAGGGUCUCUAUAUUUUGAAUGGGAGGAUGGUAGAGAGUGGUUCUUUCCCUUUCCCUAUACUUCCCCCUCCCCUACCAAAAAAUAAAUAUCUAUAUGCCUCUGCUAUAUAUUAGCUUCUUUCACAGACUUCUGUCCAUCACCUUCUGUCCACAUCAGGCAAGUUACAUUUCAUUUUUAAGGAAUGAAAAGUAGUUUCUUUCUUUUUGUUAACUCUAACCCAUUCACCUGUCAUCUUUUCUCUUCCUGACCCUACCAGAUGGCACUGCACUCUCACAAAAAGAAGUACAUGGAAUAACUUCCUGAGGCCAAUCACCUAAAUUAACGAAGGAUGCCAGUGUGGGCAAAUUGUGAUGUGCUGGCAUCCUCAUUCUACAGUGUGUUCCACUCUUUCUUGCAAUCUCAGAAAAAGAUGGUGUUAAAAGAAAAUAUUUUGUGAAACAAGAAGCUCCUACUUUUUUAAUGACUAACAUGUAUUGUUAAGAUGGACAUCUGUUCUGCAAGAUACACAGUUCUGUGGUCUCGAAGAAGCAAGCGCCCAUUCAAAACCAAUCCUAAAUAAAAACAGACCUGAAUGGAUGUCAGAAUGUUUGUUAGUGGCAGAAGAGUAAAAAAAUGGCAGUUUGUUCAGCUCUUUGCCACUUGUUUUGUACUAAGCCUCAUGUUUUUUUGGGACCCAAUCGAUAAUCACAUUGUGAGCCAUAUGAAGUCCUACUCCUACAGAUACCUCAUAAACAGCUAUGACUUUGUAAAUGACAGCCUGUCUCUUAAGCAUAGUGCAGAUGGGGCUACUCGCUACCAGUACUUGAUUAACCAUGAGGAGAAGUGUCAGGCACAAGACAUCCUCCUUUUACUGUUUGUAAAAACUGCUCCUGAAAACUACAAUCGACGUCAUGCGAUUAGAAAAACAUGGGGCAAUGAAAAGUAUGUUCAGUCUCAACUUAAUGCCAACAUCAAAACUCUGUUUGCUCUAGGAACACCUACUAACCCAUUGACAAGGGGGGAACUGCAAAGAAAACUGGUUUGGGAAGAUCAAAUGUACAAUGAUCUAAUUCAGCAAGACUUUGCUGAUUCUUUCUAUAAUCUUACUCUUAAAUUACUUCUGCAGUUCAGAUGGGCAAACAGCUUUUGUCCACAUGCCAAAUUUCUUAUGACUGCUGAUGAUGACAUCUUUAUUCAUAUGCCAAAUCUUAUUGAAUACCUUCAAAGUUUAGAAAAAAUGGGUGUUCAGGACUUUUGGAUUGGUCGGGUUCAUCGUGGUGCUCCUCCUGUAAGAGACAAACGCAGCAAAUACUAUGUCCCCUAUGAAAUGUAUCAGUGGCCGGCUUACCCUGACUAUACUGCUGGAGCCGCCUACGUGAUCUCCGGUGACGUAGCCGCUAAAGUCCACGAGGCAUCACAGACACUUAACUCAAGUCUUUACAUAGAUGAUGUGUUCAUGGGCCUGUGUGCCAAUAAAAUGGGGAUAGUACCACAACACCAUGUGUUUUUCUCUGGGGAAGGUAAAACUCCUUAUCAUCCCUGCAUCUAUAAUAAAAUGAUGACAUCUCAUGGACAUGUUCAAGAUCUUCAGGACCUCUGGAGGGAUGCCACAGACCCGAAAGUAAAAACAAUUUCAAGAGGGUUUUUUGGUCAAAUAUACUGCAGGAUAAUUAAGAUAGUUCUCCUUUGCAAAUUGACCUAUGUGGACACAUAUCCUUGUAGGGCUGCCUUUGCCUAACGGUACUUGAAUGUUCUAUGUUUUCACUGUCACUGAGCCAAACUGGAUGAAAAAAACUUUAGAUAUUUGUCGAUACCUUAAGUAAAAUGAUUAUAAAAAAAACAAAGAAAUGUUUUGAAAACUCAGUCUAUCAGAAAGUUUCUUUGAUUCUAGAAGCUAUUCAGUGUAACUUACCUACUUCAUUGCCUAGAUUCAUUUCAAGGAAUUUAUAUUUAGAAAAGGUUUAUGAAAACAAAGCUAAAGGGAAAUUCAAGUUCUCACUUAAUGCCAUGUGUAUACUGGAGGCAUAGAGAAGUUAUUAAGGUGCUUUGGUGUUAGGGUAACUGCUUUUGGAAAAUACCAAGUGAAUGUAUAGUACAACAUUUCAAAGAAAUGAAUAUAUUGUUGGACCAGGUUUACAAAUUAGUUUUUAUUAGAGAGCACUUGACGGGGGAACUGGAGGCCAGGGGAAGAUUGGCAUAGGAGAACGUACUUGAACCUGGUAAAAGAAAGUUCCUGAUCUUCAGAGAAGAUUUGGGAAAAUGUACACGAUUUCUUUAUAAAUAACCAAAUCACUUAUUGUCCCAUCCAUGUAGCUAAUUUACCUAGAUAGUGUUGUCAUUUAAAAUAUAGCUUUUUUUUUUUUCAAAGUUUAAUGUGAAAUUUGAGCUAUCAUUUGCUCUUCCCUAACUGGUACUUCAUGUGGGUUUUCUAGAUUAUUAGAAGUGACACAAAACAUGGGCAGUUUGUUACUCACAGGGUCUUUCUCUAUGGAGAAAUCAUUGUUAAUUCAAAUAAGCCAAUUUUAAUGAAUUUUCAGCUGGUUUUUAAAUAUUCAAUAUUGGUCCAUUUUUAAGGUAGUUAUUUGAAUUAUUUGAAUGUAAUUUGCACAAAGGGAUAUAAUAAUGAAGACGACUUCAAAAAGAAAAAUAGAACAUUAGAAGCCUCUUUUCUCCCUUUCUGUGAUUUAUAAAACAAAAUUCUUAGUUUAUAAAUUAUUGUAAUGAUGACUAAAAUUAGCCUACCCCUUCUCAACAAGGUCUCAUUAACCACAGUACUUUGUUCCAAGUUCAGAUUUUAAAACUGAGCGUUCAGCAUCAAAUCAAAGCUAUCUUAUUUUUUAAAAAUCAAAAUGACUGUUGGAGGUGUCAUCAACUUUGAAAUAUUUCACAUUUGAAAGCAGAAUGAAGUGAUAGAAAAGUCACCAGGAUAAGGUUUUAAAUAUUUGUGAAACUUCAUAUAUUCAGAGAUGUGGCUGAGCUCUCUAAAAGAGGAAGUUGCAUUGUUCUUACAGAGCAGGAUAAAAAUGUGGCCAUGAUGCAACAACCUCCCCUCACUACAGAAAGAACUAGGUGAUGUCCAUUGUCGCAGGGAUUAUAUCAAGUCCAAAAUGGUGACUUCAGCAAAAGCAGUUGAACUGAUUAUAAAACCCCUCUCUGCAGAGGUGCCUGUUAGGGAAAACUAAGAUGUCUCAUUUCAUUAGAUGUCUGAAAUAUGCAGAAGAAAAAAAAACUAAAAGAAUUCUUGGUAAACACAACUGGAUGAUGAUAAAUACUGUAUUUUUUUUGCAGAUAGCUUUUUAAUGUUUACAGAAAAUUUUCGUUAAUUUUUUUCCUAUUUUGAAAACUGAGGCUUGUUUACAUUAAUUGCUCAGAUAAUUUAGAAUUUUUAACUAAUGUCAAAACUACAGUGUCAACCAUUCUAGGUUUGUAGUUACUUUCAGAGUAGGUCAGCGUUUUUAGAUCAUUACAGUUUAAAUUUUCUGACCAAUUUUAAAAACUAUAGGUAACCAAAUCACAUUUUGACAAAUCUGGUUUAUAAUUAAUUUUUAUUAGUUUGAUUCUUUAAUAACCAUUUGCCUUUUGGCCAUACACCCUGUGUAUCUAUACCUGUAACUGUUUAAAUUUUCCAUUGGUUGAAAACAUAAGUGUUUCUCUGGCCAUUGAAAUUAUCUUGUUUACAGCAAUACUUUUGUGAAGCAAUUAUUUAUUUGCAAAAGAGCUCUCCUCAACUGUGUUCAUCUUUUCAUUUUUGCUUAGAAUAGAAUGGAACAGAUUUAAAUUUAAAGGAAAUAUGAAGGCACUUCCUUUUUUAAUAAGAAGGAAAUUGCUAGAUGCUUCCUUCAGUAGAUUUAAAGUACUGAGAAGACUAUUUGUAAAUAAAAGGAUUCCAGCCUUUUAAAAAAAGAAGGAAAAAACUUUUUGGUGCUCUAAUGCAGGGCUGUCUCAAAAAUCGUCAACAAAGGGAAAAUAACUAUCAGCCUGGAUGGUCACUUGAGUAUAUGAUGGUUGUACACAGUAUUAUUGCUAAAACCUUUUUACCUCUUGGUUGAUUUGCAUCUUUUUUCCAUAUUAUUAAUUUUAUACCAGUAUGUUAAAUAUUUAUAUUAUUUGAAUUUUGCUCUUGUAUGGCAAAAUAAUUAGUGAGUUUUUAAAAAUAAAUCUGUGAUUUCCAAUAAACAA